AUGGCUGGCACAAGGAAUUAUGACUUUCUGAUCAAGCUGCUGCUUAUCGGUGAUUCGGGCGUGGGCAAGUCAUGCUGCCUACUGCGGUUCAGCGAGGAUUCGUUUACCCCGUCUUUCAUCACCACCAUCGGCAUUGAUUUCAAGAUCCGUACAAUCGAGUUGGACGGCAAGCGUGUAAAGCUUCAGAUAUGGGAUACUGCUGGUCAGGAACGAUUCCGAACGAUCACGACAGCCUACUACCGAGGGGCAAUGGGCAUACUGCUUGUCUACGAUGUGACGGAUGAGCGAUCCUUCCAGAACAUCCGCACGUGGUUUUCCAACGUCGAGCAACAUGCAAGUGAGGGAGUGCACAAGAUUCUGAUCGGAAACAAAUGCGACUGGGAAGAGAAGCGAGCCGUUUCAACCGAGCAGGGGCAGCAGCUGGCCGACGAACUUGGAAUUCCCUUCCUCGAAGUGUCGGCAAAGAACAACAUCAAUAUCGAGAAGGCCUUCUAUAACCUCGCCUCGGAGAUCAAGAAAGGAAUGGAUACCUCCAAAUCCGAACAAGCCAGCCCCGCGACGUUCGACAUAGGCCAACAGGGUUCCGGAGCGAGUGGAAGCAGCGGAGGAAAGUGCUGUUGA